AUUGCAUUGUGGUGGAGCUUUCCUUUCUAAGAAGUCACCUUUGUUAAAUUUUUGGGUGAUGUGUAUGCUGCAGGGAAGCUGUUCAUGCUAAGUCAGAGGAAUGCACAGCUGCAGUUGAGACACUUGCAGCUUUGGUGAGCUUGGGUGUAGUGAGGACAUCUGUGAAUAGAUCAUGGAUGGAUCUAACCCCAGAGCUGAAGCUCCUUCAAUGGAGCCCAGUGCCAAACUCUUUUGCUGUCGCAGUGUGAGGCGCUGCCUCCCUCUGGCUUACCGAGAGGAGCUCUACCACAUCCUGAGGAUGACUGGGCCCCUGCUUGUUUGCCGGUUCUUGAAUUUCCUUGUUUUCUUUGUGGUCACAAUGUUUUGUGGCCGCCUGGGGAACACUGUACUGGCAGGCUAUGGCAUGGCUUCAGCUACAAUAAAUAUAACCUCUGCAGCAACUGGAUUUGGGCUAACCUUGGCCUGUGAUACACUUGUUUCACAGACAUUUGGCAGUAAAAACCUGCUGCAUGUAGGAGUGAUACUACAAAGAGGCAUCUUGAUCUUGCUGCUCUUCUGUCUUCCCUGCUGGGGUGUGCUUAUAAACACACAGUCUUUCCUAGUCAUGGUGGGACAAGACCCUGAAAUAGCCAGGGUUGCCCAGAUUUAUGUUGAGGCGUAUCUUCCUGCUAUUCCAGCGAUAUUUCUAAACCAGCUGCAGGUGUCUUACCUCCAAAACCAGGGCGUGAUUCUUCCCCAAAUGUAUGCAUCUGUGAUGGCCAAUGUUGUGAAUCUGCUGAUCCACUACAUUUUGCUAUUUUGGUGGGAUCUAGGCCUACAUGGAUCUGCAGCAGCCAAUUGUUUGGCUCAGAUCUUUUCCUUUUUCUGUUUGUUUGCUUACAUUCACUUAAAGAAACUCCAUAUUAAGACUUGGGGAGGCUGGUCAUCAGAGUCACUACAGGACUGGGGUGGUUACAUGAAGUUGGCUAUUCCUAGUACACUUAUGUUAUGCUUUGAAUGGUGGAUCUACGAAAUUGGAGGCUUCUUAGCAGGAAUGCUGGGAGAAAUAGACUUGGCUGCUCAACACAUUGUUAUAAUGCUGGCUUAUAUAAACUACAUGAUCCCAGCUGGUUUACAAGGUGCAGCUUGUGUGCGUGUGGGUAAUGCACUAGGAGCUGGAGAUACAGCUGGAGCCAUCCUCACAAGCAAAGUUUCCCUAAUUUGUGCAGCUGUAUUGGCAGUAAUUCAGGGUGUGGUGCUGGGUGCAACAAAAUCAGUGAUUGGAUUUUUGUUUACUCCAGAUGAAGCCAUAGCAGAGUUAGUUUCUGAACUCAUGAGCAUCUACUGCCCCCUUCAAUUCUUUAAUGGGCUCUUGUGUGUUGGCAUGGGCAUAGUCCUGGGCACUGGAAAGCAGGGCAUUGCAGCCAUCGCUAAUCUAAUUGGGUAUUACUGCAUUGGACUUCCACUAAGUAUUGCUCUGACCUUCCCAGCCAAUUUACAAGUUGCUGGCUUUUGGUGGGGCCUUUUUAUUGCUGUCUUUUUGUUGUCAAUCUUUUUCAUUGUCAUCAUCUUUAAAUUGAACUGGAAGAAGUUAACAGAAGAGGCCAUUGAACGUGCUGGAGUAGGGAAGAGCAGAGGCGGAAUGCUCUCAGAGUUUAGAUCCAGCCGCCGGCUCUCUGAUAGCUUUUUCUUAGCACUCAGUAGUUUAGAGAAUCAGAAUGGCUAUACAGCCGUGAACUCUAAAGAUAUGGAUGAGGAACAAUGCACUUCAGUGGCUCAGGAGAGAUUGAAAGAAGCCCAGGAAGGAGUAAAAAAAGAAAAUCAACACUGUACCUUGCGGAAGAGAUCGAGUGUAACUCAGGAAGGAGAAGCGAGUAAACAAAAUCCACUCUCUACCUCUCAGCUCAUCAUCAGAAGAGGACUGACUGCCCUGACUGCUAUCCUUAUGCUCAGUGUUGGAAUGACUGCCCAUUUUAUCCUGCCUGUGCCUGAGGGUUCUUCAUUCACCAAUAGCACUUUGGAUUUUGAGAACUCCACUUUAUCAUCUUCCAUCACUACACAAAUGGCUUUUUAAGACUGGUGAAUCAUUGCUGAAUAAUAGUGGUUUCAUUUGGUAUUCAUCCUGCAUACCUUUUAACCACUCUUAGAGUUAUAUAAAGUACCAGGUUAAGAAAUGGUAUGUGGACAGUUUGCUUUUGACACCUGAGAAAGUUAUCAAUCUACAUGAAGUAGAAAUACUGUGAAAUACUAAGUAAUGGCAAAAAUAGUUCUUUCUCCAUCUAGAAAAAAAAUAACAAUUAAAUUGUGUUAGGUAGACUUCUUUAUAUUUGUUUUAGGUACACAUAGUAUAUGAAUAAUGGAAUGAA